AGGAGAAUUUUGGUUUGGCUGGUUGGAGGGAUUCGAGGAAGGAAGAAAUGUCACUCCUCUAACCAAAGCCCCUAUUGGUCCACGUGGCAAGCACAAGUAGUUUCCCCUCCCCAAAUUCGACUACAGCUGCCUGUUCCAUCUCUAGAUUUUGAAAUGAAAACACCAAUAUGUUUUCACUCAAAUCUGUCCUUGCAAAGGCCUUGUCUGUAUAUGAUUCACCCCUCCACAUGUUUUUAUGAUGGAGCUUCCACCACUGCCACCACCACCCCCACCACAACCAUCAAGAAGCACGAGUAUCAUUGCCAUUAUCUUCUUUUGCUCUUCUUUCUGUGUCUCUCAGACUAUUUUUUCUCUGCCAUUGCAUUACGGGAAAACUCAUGUCUGCCACUUGGUACUGCCAUAUGUCCUAGACCCCGUUUGUUCUUCAGCUGCUUGUCCUUCUUGUUUUCCUUUUCUCUUCUUUGUUCAAACAGGGCCGAAAAGUCCCCCCUUCACCUUUUUCCUGCUUCCAUUUCAAUCCUUAAAUGACGCGCUACUUCGAUUAACUUUCUUGCAGAAUCAUUUCAACAUGUCAAGAGUCUUGAGAAAGUUAAAGAAAAGGUGAUUGAAAAAGAAGGCAUAGCCCGUGUCACCACCCAAAAGCUUCAGUAUAUAUAAACACACACACACACAGCCAUUCACAACAAACUCAUCCCCACAAAAUCUUGAGAGAGAGUACCCUUGAGAACUCAAGCAACCAGUGAUUAAUUAAGAUGGCAUUUUUCAAUGCCAAGAACUUCUUCCAACGCUUCUGUUCCGAAGAGGUUCAUGUGGAGGGUGUUUCUCAUGGCAGCUUCUUCUCGAGCGAUCUCCUACCAUCCCUCGGUGCCCAGAUAAAUCGGGCAACCAAACUUCGAAGAUACAUAAUUUCCCCUUACAAUUCCUAUUAUAGGGCUUGGGAGAUGUGGCUGGUUGUUCUAGUCGUUUACUCUGCCUGGAUCUCUCCAUUUGAAUUUGCUUUCCUAACAUCCAAGAAAGAUGCCCUCUUCAUCUUUGACAACGUUGUCAACGGUUUUUUUGCUGUUGAUAUUGUUCUCACCUUCUUCGUUGCGUAUCUAGAUAGCCACUCUUACCUCCUUAUCGACGACCCUAAGAAGAUAGCAAUAAGGUACAUAUCAACGUGGUUUAUUUUCGAUGUCUGCUCGACAGCCCCAUUUCAGUCUCUUAGUCUCCUGUUCAGAAAUCACGGUAAUGGACUUGGUUUUAACAUCCUCAGCAUGCUCAGACUUUGGCGUCUCAGACGAGUCAGUGCCUUGUUUGCAAGACUUGAGAAGGACAUCAGGUUCAACUAUUUUUGGACUCGGUGCACAAAACUUGUUUCUGUAACCCUGUUUGCAGUACACUGUGCUGGAUGCUUUAACUAUUUGAUUGCAGAUAGAUACCCUGAUCCGAAGAGAACCUGGAUCGGUGCAGUAAACCCAAAUUUUAAAGAGGAGAGACUCUGGAAUAGAUACGUGACAGCAAUGUACUGGUCUAUUACCACAUUAACCACAACAGGUUAUGGGGACCUGCAUGCUGAGAACCCCAGGGAGAUGCUUUUUGACAUUUUUUACAUGCUGUUCAACUUGGGUUUGACCUCAUACCUCAUUGGAAACAUGACAAACCUUGUAGUUCACUGGACCAGCCGCACAAGGAACUUUAGAGACACAGUCAGAGCUGCUUCAGAAUUCGCUGCACGAAAUCAAUUGCCUCCUCGCAUACAGGAACAAAUGUUGUCACACAUAUGCCUCAAGUUCAAAACAGAAGGAUUGAAGCAGCAAGAGACCUUAAAUGGUCUGCCAAAAGCCAUUCGUUCAAGCAUUGCAGACUAUCUCUUCCAUCCUAUUGCUCAAAGUGCUUAUCUCUUCCAAGGGGUUUCUCAGGACUUCCUUUUCCAACUGGUUUCAGAAAUGGAGGCUGAAUAUUUUCCACCCAAGGAGGAUGUAAUUCUGCAGAAUGAAGCUCCUACAGAUCUCUACAUACUCGUCUCGGGAACAGUGGAUUUGAUAUUGCAUGUUGAUGAACGUGAAAAGGUUAUUGGGAAAGCAAUAGCAGGAGACACGUUUGGCGAGGUCGGAGUUUUAUGUUCCAGGCCGCAACCUUUCACAGUUAGAACCAUUGAGCUUUCUCAAAUACUACGACUGAACGGAACUGCUCUCAUGAGCACCAUAAAAGCGAAUCCAGAAGAUGGGCGCGUCAUAAUGAAUCAUCUUUCCAUGAAACUGCGGAGGCGAGAAAGCAUGGAUUCUGAAUCCCAAUACAGAGAAGAAUGGUGUUCUAAGAGAGGGUGUAAAGAUCAUAUGCACGGAGAUCUAUCAGUGAACAAAGCAAGAGAGACAGAUUCCCAGGGAUCAAAGGCUACAAGAAAGAGUGAACUAGGCAGCAGACAUGAAGGGUUAGUAACAGCAGUUGAGAAUAGCGAAACGGCUCUUCAUGCUGCUGUUUGCGAGGGGCAUGUUGAAAUGGUUAAGAUUUUGCUUGACGGAGGAGCAAGCAUAAACAAACCAGAUGCCAGAGGAUGGACCCCAAAAGCUCUAGCCGAACAGCAAGGAAAUAAAAGCAUACAUGAUCUCUUACUAAAUUACGAAAAUAGGAAUAUAUUAAAUGAACAUAGAAUAGAUUUUAUCGAGUCAGAAACUGUAGGUGACACCAAGAAAAGUCAAGGGAAACAUGAAGGAAACAAGGCGCUCACAAACUCCAGCUCAUGCAUUUCUAGAUGUCCCCUUGAUAGGGAAGCAAAGAAAUCAACCAAGCGAGUCACUAUCCACAUGCAGCUUCAAAACAGAAGUACAUUACAGAGCCGACUUGGGAAGCUAAUUAUCCUACCUGAUUCUAUGGAAGAGUUGCUCAGAAUUGCCGGUGAAAAAUUUGGAGGCUACAAAUUUACUAGAGUCAUGAAUGCAGAGAAUGCAGAAAUUGAUGGUAUCAGUGUCAUUCGAGAUGGCGAUCAUCUGUGUCUUCUCCAAGAUGACUGAAAAUUUGGUUGUGAUGUGACCAAAUUGUUCAAAGACAUUGAUGCGGACAAGCUGAUAGCUUGUACAUUUUGAGCAAUGUAUAUUGAAAUAUUAACAAAAAGCGCAAUACAUCAGGUGGCCAAAUGGGGCUCAAUGGUCGUUAAUAA